GCGCGACUCCGCCUGCAUCUCAUCGCAGUUCCCUCACAGAACAACAAGAGAAUCACGGUGCUCCCAAUCCACUGUAAAACUUUGCGUUCGCGGUCUGUGAGCGGUAUUCAGAUGAGACACCCUGAGAGAUCACAGUCGCCAUGAAUUGGGCUUUUCUUCAGGGUCUCCUCAGUGGGGUCAACAAGUACUCCACUGUGUUUGGCCGUGUGUGGCUGUCCGUAGUCUUCCUCUUCAGGGUCAUGGUCUUCGUUGUUGCCGCCGAGAAGGUGUGGGGUGACGACCAGAAGGACUUCACGUGUAACACGGCUCAGCCUGGGUGCCAUAACGUGUGUUACGAUCACUUUUUCCCAGUGUCCCACAUACGCCUGUGGGCGCUGCAGCUCAUCUUCGUCACCUGCCCAUCUUUACUCGUGGUGCUGCACGUGGCAUACCGUGAGGAACGAGAGCGAAAGAAUCGCCUGAAGUUUGGCGAAAACUGUCAACGGCUGUACGAAAACACCGGAAAGAAGCGCGGUGGACUUUGGUGGACGUACGUCCUCACGCUGGUAUUUAAGAUGGGUGUGGAUGCAACCUUUGUGUACCUGGUCUACCACAUCUAUGAGGGCUAUGACUUCCCUUCAUUGGUAAAAUGCUCUGAGGUUCCCUGCCCUAACGUGGUCGACUGCUUCAUCUCAAGGCCAACAGAGAAAAGGAUCUUCACCAUCUUCAUGGUGUUGACAAGUCUGUUGUGCAUCCUGCUUUCCCUCUGUGAGAUUGUCUACUUGGUGGGCAAACGUUUAUUUGAAUGCAUCAGGAGGCUGCAGGGGUCAAGCCAGAAACACAAGGCAAAGUCCAUCUCUGAGAUGAGAGGCUCAAAUGCUCUUUUGGUAUCAAACUGCAAGAAACUGACCUCCACAGCUCAGCCAGCCCCAGCAUACAGUGUGAUCAUCUCAUCACCAUAACUGGGAUGUUUGGCUUCAUGUUCACUUUGAACUGAAACACUGAUUCAGCAGACAGUUUGCAGUGGAGGGAACUGCUUAUUUUAUAUCCACUGGAUCUUUCGAAUGGUUUUUAUAUUUUGGAAAGUUGUGGCCUUAUAUGCAAAAAUGUGAGGGAAUCAAAGUGCGGAUUCAAAGUCAUGACUAAAGCAAGUUGGUGCAUGAUUUAGGUGGGGCAUCGGUUAUGCCAAGUUCCAGUAACUUGGACACCAACAGGCAGUUGGUUCUUUUAUUCAACAACAAACAACUUGUAUGCGUAAAAUCAAAAACAUGUUAAUUACAUUAAUUACAACUUACACUUACUUGCAAAACAUGACCUUUUUGUGUUGCUAAAGCACACGUGCCUUCACCUCUUAAUAACGAUGUAAUGGACAUUUAAAAAUGAAAACAGGAACAGGCCAGGAUGACUAAACACUUGCAACACAUAGUCAAUUAAAUGUAACACAUUUAAUUACAUUUAUUUGCAUGAAAUAAUGCCUCAAAUAUAUGCAUUCCUACAACUGUUUCGUCACCUACAUUUUCUGCCCUAAUUUUGCUUCCCGUUGAAUGUAAAUUUUAUUUUUACAUUUAAGCGGUUUACAGUUUAAGCUGUAUUUGUGUAGGUAUUUUAUAUGGUCAAUUUUUCUUAUUACUUUUUAAUUAGACAAAAAUCUUUUCUUUUUUGAUCAGGUUUUUGUACUGUAUAUAAGGUGGUGUAUGUGUGCCUUGUCCAUGAUGUUUCCAAACAGUGGUGCCCAAAACAAGGUUUUAUGUCUUCCAGCAAUACGCAGUAUUUAAGCGUUCAGGAAUUUAUUGACAAAGAUUUGGUGCUGCCAGACGAUCAAAUUUAGGAUGCAAACCUUAACAAGGUUUAUGAUUUCCCAACAUAAACCUGUGCAAUAUGAUUCCUGAACUUCCACACCUUAAAAACCUGCAUCCGUUGCUACUGUCAUGUCAGUUUUUACUGUAACUGUUUUCAUGUCAGACAAACAGGUUCAGACAUUUGCAGUAUUUAAGGCUUUAAGAAUUUAUUGACAAAGAUUUGCUGCUGCCAGAUGAUCAAAUUCAGGUGUAUGUGUGUGUUAAACAGGGGGAGAGAGAGAGCGUGUUCUCGUUCACUGAAAAAACAUGAUUUGCUUUUUAAGGAAACAUUCUGAUGGGUUUAACUUCCUAUGUUUGCUAGUUAACCUUUCAGCAUGUUUUCCUUGUUACAUGGAGUAAUUUAAAUGUGUUAUUGCUGUUGGAGUUGUACUUUACAUUUUGAGAUUAAAGUCUGUUUUUUAUUUUCUUA